UGUUUCUUCUUAUGCAAUGAGAUUAUGAUUCACGGAUGGUUCAUUUCACCAGCGUGUGGUGAUUGCUUAGGCUUUUAAAUUUUAAGCAAGUUGAGUGGAAUGGAUGAUGAGAGGAGUCAUUCAGUUACGGCAAGCUUGAGGUUUUUGAAAUUAGCCUUACGGGAAGUCUAAAGCGUUGUGGGGUGUCUCUUUCAGCUUCCUCUUUCUUAGAGUGAAUUUAUCAUUUACAAAAUCUUAUUUGAUUGAAAGCAGUUGAGGAAGUGGGAAAUGGGAAGCACGAUAUGUUGAUUUGAUUUCAAAUGCAAAAGAAUAGAAAGUCUCUUCUCGUAAUUUACCAGCAGAGAAAUAAGAAAUGUUUUAAUCUACUAUGGUGAUUGUGCUUUCGUAGUCAUAUUUCAUAUAGUGAAAAAUUAUAAACAAGUGCGGCCUAUGCGCAAGAACCUGCUGCUCUUGGUAAUCAGUCCUGCACAGUUUUUCAAAACUUUAAAUAAAUGAAUCUGUUGAGCGUUGAGCUUAAAAUAGCUAUUCAAGAAAUGCUACUCACAGAGCUAAUUAUGUAACUAACUGUAGAAGGGGCAGACACUGAAGUAGAAAGAAUAUAUUCUCAGUUUAAAUGAGAUGACCAGACCUACCUUGAUUUUCAUAAUAGGAAUUUGUAUAGGCUUUGUGGUUGGGAUUGGUUUGACAUUAUCCAUAGUACACUGCCUCGUAAGGAGAAGGAAGCCCACAGAGGUUGAUAAGAGCAUUUCUCACAAAGCAGUGACAAUUCCUGUUAAUGUCAAAGGGUAUGGUUCUAACUCAACAUUAUCAGAGGGCGAGGAGUCACCCAGAACAUCUGAGUGGAGUAACAUGCCUUUAUGGUUGGAAAAUCUUAGGAGAAGCAGUGCAGUGUCAGCUUGUGGAAUUCCCAAGUAUUCUUACAAAGAUAUACAAAGGGCUACUUCUAAUUUCACCACCAUCAUUGGCAACGGAGCCUUUGGUCCUGUUUAUAAAGCGCAGAUGGCUACGGGUGAGACAGUUGCAGUUAAAGUCUUAGGUACUAAUUCAAGACAAGGAGAGCAGGAAUUUUUAACUGAGGUUUUAUUACUUGGAAGAUUACAUCACAGAAACCUUGUGGAUUUGGUGGGAUAUGUGGCUGACAAAGGAAAACAUAUGCUUCUUUACACUUACAUGAGCAAUGGCAGCCUUGCUUCCCAUUUGUAUGAUUUCGGAAAAAAUCGUGAGCCACUGAAUUGGGAUUUGAGGCUUGGUAUAGCACUAGAUGUUGCAAGGGGACUGGAAUAUCUACAUUGUGGGGCUUCUCCACCUGUUGUGCACCGUGACAUCAAAUCUUGCAACAUACUGUUGGAUCAGUCUAUGAAGGCCAAGGUCACUGACUUUGGGCUUUCCAGACCUGAGAUGAUCAUACCUCGCACAUCAAAUAUCCGUGGAACAUUCGGAUAUCUUGAUCCUGAGUAUUUGUCUACAAAAACCUUCACUAAGAAAAGUGAUGUUUAUAGCUUUGGUGUGCUACUAUUUGAGCUCAUCACUGGCAGGAAUCCGCAGCUUGGGCUCAUGGAAUAUGUAAAACUAGCAGCCAUGGAAGGUGAAGGUAAGGUUGGAUGGGAAGAAAUUGUGGACGGGCAAUUAAAUGGAAAAUAUGAUUUGCAUAAUCUUAACGACAUGGCUUCACUUGCAUUCAUAUGUGUUAAUGAAGUCUCCCAAAGCCGACCACCGAUGUGUGAAAUUGUUCAAGCAUUAUCAGAGCUAUGUAAGAGGAAUAGUAAAAAUCUUGGCCGAACAUCAUCUGCUGCUGCAUUAAAGGAUGUGUGUAUUGAAGUGGACCAGAUUGAAACUAAGGACUUUACAUCAACUGCGAGUACAAAUAUAUUGGGCAGAUUGCAUAGCCGAUGAUCUUUAUGAGUCAGCUAGUGCUUUUGGAUGAGUAAACACCUGCUUUCUAUUUUGUUUAAUCAGUUAAUCUAACCUUUUUACCAUACUGGAAUUCUGUAGAUAAUUGCAUAACCAAUGAAUCUUUGGUGAAUCUGCAAGUGCCUUUGAAGUUUGGAUGGUAGAUAUCUGCAUUAUGUUUUAAAUAUCAGCUUAUUUUCAUAGUUUACCAACAGGUUUUUCCACUUAUUGCCUGAAUUCUAUCAUAUGAAUUUCAAAAUUAUAUGUCUU